CACCCGACUCCUUCCCCAGAUUCCAGCAUCCCUCCCUCUAGUGCAGAAUAACCCUUUUUUCAUCACAUCGUCCUCUGCUUGCUUCAUCUCUGGAACAUCAUCCUCAUUUUGCUUGUAGUGAGCCUCUGUCUUAGACACCGACUUCCUUCACGUCAUUAAAAUAUUUCUACUCCGUUUCAGCCUCUGCCGUACAGGCUCUUCCUCUCCCGCUCCACACGGCUCCACCUCCUCCGCCUCCUGCAGCCACCUCCUCCACCUCUGUCGCUGGUGUCGUUGCUGUGAUGGGCGAGCCCACGGAUGAGGAGCUCCUGGAGGCCGUUCCACAGAACCCCGCCCAUCAGCAGCCUCCAGAGAUCCUCAUCGGGGUUCAUACAGCAGAGGCACCAGAUGCCUUAAAACCCCAGUCAGCUACGCCACCUCCGCCGCCAGCUGCACCAAGGCAGCCCGCAGCGAGGGAGGAGCUGCCUGGCCCCGCCUUCCUCCAUCGCCCUCCACCUGCUGGCAGUGCUGAGCUGCUGCCAGAGUCCUGGAGAGCAGCUCUCACCGCAGAGCAGCAGGACUGGAUCGGCCGGGUGCUGUUUACCAGGGACAGCUCGGGGAGGCCUCGGCUCAUCACCAGCGAACUCACUCUCUGGUGGUACCCUCCCCAGCCCCGGCCGAUCUAUAGUCAGCCUCCCGUGUCCCCCGACCCCUUCUUUGCAUGUCAGAUGUUCCUCUACGACGUGCUGACCCGGCUGGACGAAUACAAGGCCAGGAUCACGUCCACCUUCGGGUCCAUCUUGAAGAUGGACUCCACCAAGAAGGUGACGAAGAAGCUCGCAGGUGCCGCCUCGGACACGGCCGCCUGGCUGACCAACGUGGAUAACCAGUACGGGCAGGUCCUCAUCAGCGUCCUCACCUGCUCUGAGGGCUCCGAGGGCCUGUCCAGGACGGCGGCCGGACUGAUGAGGCAGUACCGACUUACCGGGUUACCUGCCCCCCCAGCUCAUUUAUGUGGACCGUGA